AUGGAGCUGAUCCCGGUUAUCCUCAUGCUCUUCGCGUCUAUCAACCUUGCCAAUUGUUCCCGGUUGACCGGUCCUUACGAAGCUAUUUUCUUCUACUAUGCAUACCAAAUCGAUGCUGCAGCUGCAGCCAAAGCGGCUGAAGACGGCGUACUGUAUACGAGGACGAUUGGCGCUGAGUGCAUGGACAGGCCUUGUACCUUGGCGGAAUUCAUGCGCACAAUCAUGGACCCGGAUAAUCUCAGCGCUUUCAGACCGACUGAAAAUGCAGGAACGACAAGCCCCGACGUCCAUGCAAUAGCCGAAGAGAUUGAUGAGGAAUGGAAUUACAAGAGCACAAACUUGAGGAUGGACAUGAUCAUCGAGAAAGCACCAGAGAAUUUUGCAGGCGUGGUCAGUGCCGUUGUGAGCAAAAUCCAACAGGCUCGCGCAGUUGUGCCAUCCGCGGACCUGGUGGCAAAAGCCGCAGCGGCGUUGCAAUGGGCGCGGUCCAUUCGGCUCAGUGAAUUAGUUGUGCAGUAUGGGACUCUCAAUGGGUACAAAGCGCAGGCCUUCUUAAGAAACUACAAGCCCCCUACCUUGAAGGUCAAAUUGCGGGAUCUGGGAAUAGACGAAACUCACACGCCAUCAUUGCCCAUCAUCUACGAUGAUCUCGACUACGAAGGAAUGGCAUCGGACAUGGCCGACGGAGAUGCGGCAAACGAAGAGGAGCUACUCAGGGACUUCAUGAACUGGUCUAAAACUAAGCCCAUCACAAGGCCACACCAAAAUCACCAAACGCUCGUAGAUGUGUACGAGCGUUCUGUGCAAUCGCUCGAGGCGGGCUGUUCCUGA